AUGGCCUGCAUGUACACGGGGCCGAACGACUGCUGCAGGAUCGCGCGUGGGCCUGGCACCGAUUUCACCAGGGCAGAGCUGGAGGUCACGAUCCACGGGAUGACCAGCGACACGUUCAGCCUGGAGACACUGGUCCUCCUGAGCGGGGUCAAGGCCCUGUGCGAGGACCAGGCGUUGCUAUCGUCGCAACGCACCGACCAAGGUCCCGGGGGGCCUAGCCACGGAGGUCCGGCCCCCGCCGGGAGGGGAAAGGAGAAGGUGCCGGUGCUGAAGCACCGUCACAAGGACAAUGUGGGUGCCGCCCCGACCCGGAGGGACAACGAGGCGCAGAGGGCGGCCCCCGCGCGGAGCAGCCAAGCAGAGGGGUCAAAGGCCCGGAGGCUCCAGCGUGGUGACGGCUCCUUCGUGGGAGAGCCGGCCCCCAAGCGCCAGAAGAUGGUGGAGGCGGAGAGACCGAGCAGAGCUCCAUCACCUCCGCCGCAAUGCCAGCAGCCGGAGGGGAGGUCGGAGGAGGCGUGGCGGCCUUCUCCGGAGCAGCAGAUUCCUUCGCCGCCACCGACGACGUGGCACCCAGUGACGCCAGCACCACCGCCCCUUUCUUCGGACGCAUCUAGCGCGUCUGCCGGCAUCGCACCAGCUGGGGGGUUCGGCCCCCAGCCAGCACCUUCAUCUUCCCCUGCUGGGAGGUCGGCGACAACACCAGCAGGGACUCCGCCUGCACUAGCACCGGUAGAGUCCGGACCCGGAGGUCCGGAGCUGGAGGCUACGCUCCCAAGGCCCGAAGCCGCACCUCAGGAGGAGGCUGCCCAUCCCGCUAUGAUGGCCGAGGCGCCAGCAGCGGCGGCAGCGCCGGACACCACGGCGGGGGCCUCUCCAGCUGAGCCAGCAGUAGAGGAGGCUGCGGUAGUGGUAGAGGCACCAGCACCGGAGGUCACGGAGGUCGCGAGCACCGCCACACCACCCGCGCAGGAGGAGGAGCCGGAGGUGGUGUACGAGAGGCACCUUCUCCCGUGCCUAGCGAAGGUCCCUCUCCCCCGCCUCCUGGCCAAGAGCCAGCAGGCAUUGGAGGAGUUGGAGGCGGGUAUCCACCAGGAGUGGGAGGAGCUUGAUGCGGAGUGCCUCCGACUCUCCAACUGGGAGCGCCGCCUGGGGGACCACAUCAAGAUAGUCUCCGCCCGCUACGCCGGGGAGUGCGCCGAGCUCGUGCAGGAGCGCGAAGACCUGCAGGAGCAGCUGCAGAAGUCUCUUGACCGAGAGGCGGCAGCUGCCCAGCGGGAGAGAGCGGCCGUCCGGUGGGAGACGCAGGCCAUCGAGCGGGAGCCCGUGGCAGAGAUGAGGAUGAGCACGGCGGAGGAGAGGACGAAGACCGCCCUGGAGCUGACCAACCAGGCCAAGGUGGUGAUGGGGUUGAUCAAGGAGCAGGAAGCUACCCUUACGGAACGGGAGGCGGCCGUGGUGGAGGGAGAGGCCAAGCUUGCCGCCCACCAAGAGGAGCAGGCGGCCCGGACCCUGAGGCUCCAGGAGUGGGAGGCGGCCGUGGAGGAGGAGCUGUCGGCCGGGACCCGAAGGCUCCAGGAGCAGGAGGUCACGGAGGCCCCACCCUCACUCGGCACUAUCCUCCCAGUGCUGGACUCCACCACCGAGCAUCUGCGACACAUGGAGGCCGCCAUCUUCGAUCUCCUGGAGACAGAGGGACGGGCGGUCGCCCGAGGGAUGGCGGAGUACAUCCUUACCUGCUUCCGGAGCCACAACCCCGCCUUCCAGCUUACUCCUAUCCUAGUUGGCCCCAUCCGGGCGACGGCGGCUGCCGCGCAGGAAGGAGUGCAGGCGGCGGCGGACAUGGUGGCGACCCGUGUUCGGCGCCAUCCCAGACCUACAAGGGGAGGAGCCUCCUCCGGACCACCAGCACAAUAG